CUGUAGACCUAAAUAUUGGGUCAUUCAUUAACAGAUGACGUGAUAAACCUAAAAAUAGUCCGGUCCGUAAAUUUAUCCAAUAAAAACACUAUCUACUUGUACUUUGAACUGUUUUGUGCAGGACGAACUUGCUGGCAUUAGCUGCUCAGUGGUUACAAGCACAGCACUGCACGGCAGCAUCGCAUUUUUUGUCAUCCGUCAUUUUAUUGUCCCUUUGGUCGGCCAUUUUGGAGUUAGCUCAUAUUCGCAGCGUAUUUUUGAGCCGACUUUUUUCCAGAAAGCAGCAAAUUAAAGCGAAGAUGCAGCCGAGUCAAGUUCCCGCGUACCAAUCUCACCAGGCCGUUCAGAUGCAAGCGGCUCCCCCGGCGCAGGCCUUCGCCCCUCUUGGGCCCAGCAGGUACGCCUGCGGGGCCAAAACACUGGGCAUCCUCCAGAUAAUUCUGGCGGCCGGAUCCGCCGUUGCGGGUACUGUGAAUAUCAUCGCAUUUUCUACUCUUAGCGUCGUAGCCUGUCCAAUUUGGGGAGGUCUUAUGUUUUACCUUCCGGCCGGGAUCCUGGGUGUCGUUUCUGCGUGCGUGUCUCCUUCUUCUCGAAGAUGUGUGGCCGUAGGAUGGAUGGUGAUGUCUAUUCUAGCCGCAGUCAUGGCAGGUGGAAAUAUUAUAUAUGCAGGCAUCUCCAUCGCCACUGACCAAUAUUACAACGGGACGCUGGUGAUGGCCAUGGACGGCAUAGUGACGGUCGUCAGCCUGGCGGAGCUGAUCAUCGCCAUAGUGUCUGCCGUCUACUGCUGCCUGAUCAGGGGCGAGCUGCCCUCCCAAAACACCCCCACGAUUCAGUACAUGACAGCGCCCGCAUACCCGACCACGGUGGUAACACCCGCACCAGGACCCCCAGCCUACGCAGCCACACAUGCCCACGUUGUGCUGUACCGUGGAGGUGCAACCGCCGGUCCCCCUGCCCCGGCCGGCUACUACCAUCCCGCCCAAAAUGCACCCAAUGUGAUGAUGACCCAGCCGGCGAUGCCCGGCACCGUACAGACAGUCAACCUGCCUGAACCCAAAAUUUAACUGGGGGAUUGGGAAUAUGUUUGCUCCAACUUGACGAUGUAGAAUACCUACUUCCUUAUCCGCGUUUACUUUUUCAUAGAUUGUGGCGGUUUGUUUUACAAUGAAAUAGUUUAAAACAGAUUCAAUGAGAGCUUGUCCAUAAAAUGAAUCAGUUCUUUAGAUUAUCACCUUGCACAUUCUAAUCCAUUGUAAAUUUGUAAUGACUAUAUACUGCAUAAGUGGAAAUCUUAUUAAUUAAGCAAGUAGUGUAUUAUUGCUUGAAUUUUAUAUAAGGUUAUACUAGCUCUUUUUAUUUGCAAACACCUGCAGAUUUUGUCACAAUUGCUUACAACAGUUGAUGCUGUGGUCACGUGAUAUUUCUAUUUUGCACUGCAUGUACAUUGCACAUCGCUAGAAUUAUGAAUGCUUUAAUCAUUUUGACGUGAAUUCUUUUUUUUCUUUACUGUGAAUUGUUUCCUUAUAAGAUAAGAAGGUAUUCUAAAGAAUGUAAAGAAUUAUAUACCAAAGUAUUUUUUUAAAAUUAAAAUCGGUAGACUUCGAUUUAGUAUCUAUUGAAACAUCCUCUUUCCACGCCAAGCGAAGCAAAAACAAAAAACCUCAGUGACAUGUAAAGUAUAGUUACUACUUACAAUCAUAAAUGAAUGACUAAUAAUUGUAGACUACGCAAAAUAUGACAAUGAAGGAUUAUUCCCCCCCCCCCAAAAAAAAGAAGGAACGAACGAAAAAAAUCGAUUUAGAAUGGACCUAGAUGAAUUUCAAAUUAUUAAUGAAACUUGGAACUUUUGUUGAGAGGACUUAAAAAAGGAAAGGUCCUUAAUUCAUGCAAUGGCUUAGCACUGCAGAAUCUUGGAUUCAAUUUGAAAUUCAUCUGUGGCCACUAGGACAUAUUUUUUAAACGAUGGGGGCGCUGUCGACGCCAUUUGUUUCUGCGAACAAAAUAAUCGAAACAAGAACGUUUAUUGAAGCCAUUUAUCAAUUUCACUGUAAUCUAAACAUUAGAAAUUGCAUAAAUGUAUCGCGUUUUUAGCUGCGGGAUAGCAGCUCAACAAAU